UAAUGGGCUCUCUAUGAUUCAUAAUACAUAUGCUAGCAAUCCUCAAAGGAAAACAUCUGAAGGUUACUGUAGAAUGAGCUCAGCUAGGAGGCUGCUAAUCAGAGAGGCGAAGGAAGCGCUAAUGAACCAAACGCGCACGAUAACAUCACCCAACGCAUAUUCAACCUUCCUGCCAUUGCGUUUAGCUAUUGUACGCCCUGCGCCAAGCCCUCGCCGAUCCAUUGUCACGAUGAACAAAGACGACGACCCUAACCAGCUGGAAGCAAUCGUUCAGCAAAAGCAAGCACUUCGAUCCAAAAUGCGUAAAGCACUUAAGAGCAUGGACCCAAUUCAGAGAUCUCAAGAAGGUCCCUUUCAAUUCCCUUUAUCUCCGCCUUGACAAAUUAAUGGACGCAAUGUGUUUGUUUGAUUGCCUGACUGAAAUUUUCAGUAGAUGGUAUAAAUGUAAGCAAUGCGUUUGUUUGAUUGCUUGACCGAAAUUUUGAAUUGGGCUUCUUCAAUAGAUGAUAUAUUGAUCCCUUAUUGGUAGUGAUUUUUUUUUGGGGCCAAGACUGUAGGAAGUUAGUUUGUUAGCAAAAUUAGAUUACACUACAAGUCACCGCUCCAUCAGCUCAAACCCUGACCUUUCCCUCACCACACACCACUGGGCCAAACCCAUAUAAGCAUGUCCUAUUUUGUCUGCACAUUUUAUGAAGCAUGUCUCAUUCUGCAAUUUUCUUUUGUCUGUGCUGGGCAAAAAUUCAAAGUUACUAUGAUAUGUUCCUGAAGAAAUACAAAGAGCUUGCUAGCAAGAGGAACUGGAAGCAGCCCCUUCUUGUUGCACUUUCAUACUCUUUACAGAUUGUGGAUGAGGGAGCUAUCACUAUCAGACAUAAUGAUGUUCCCGUGGAUGCAAUAGUGUCUCCGGCUGGGUUCAUUCCAACAAGUCCUGCCGCCACGAAGAUGUCUGAUUGACAAGUCUCCAUUUUUACGGAGAUUCACCAUGAAAUUUCAUCUCACUGUCUUACCAAAGCUGUUACCUUGAUACACUGAAGCAUUGUGAAUUAUCAAUCCGACUGCACAUUUUGGUGCUUCCAUUGGCUUCUUCCUAGAGCCAAUGCCCUUUUGUAAUUCUGUGAUGUUAUUAAUCUGGUUGAGGUGAGGAUGCAAACCAAUUUGAAUUAGGCUUGUCUUCAUCCUUGUGCUCAAUAUUUGUAUGGUUGUGGCUGAAACCGGGGCUGUGAAUCUUCUGAAUCACUUUGCUUGGUUUUCAUUUUUUAAAAACAGUUUUCAGAAAA